GGCCUAUUUCAGCGCCUGCGCAGUGGCGCUGCAGCCGAGACAGGGAAAUAAGAUGGCGGCGCUGCGGGCUAUCCGAGGGAUGGUGAACGGAGCCGUGUCCGAGUUGAGCGGGGGAGGCGGCGCGCGGGAGCAGGCGGCCGCGGUCACUCGUGACUACCUCUCGCAGCCCCGUCUCACAUAUAAGACAGUAUCUGGAGUCAAUGGACCACUGGUAAUCUUGGAUCAAGUGAAGUUUCCUAGAUAUGCAGAGAUUGUGCAUUUGACACUUCCUGAUGGGACAAAGAGAAGUGGGCAAGUGUUGGAAGUCAGCGGAUCCAAAGCUGUGGUUCAGGUUUUUGAAGGGACAUCAGGAAUUGAUGCGAAGAAAACAUCCUGUGAAUUCACGGGGGAUAUCCUUCGAACCCCAGUAUCUGAAGACAUGCUUGGGCGCGUGUUUAAUGGAUCAGGAAAGCCCAUAGACAGAGGCCCUAUGGUUCUGGCUGAAGAUUACCUUGAUAUCAUGGGUCAACCAAUCAAUCCUCAGUGUCGAAUCUACCCAGAAGAGAUGAUUCAGACUGGAAUUUCUGCUAUAGAUGGCAUGAACAGCAUUGCCAGAGGACAGAAAAUCCCCAUUUUCUCAGCUGCUGGCUUGCCCCAUAAUGAGAUAGCAGCGCAGAUCUGUCGCCAGGCAGGCUUGGUGAAGAAAUCCAAAGAUGUGAUGGACUACAGUGAACAGAAUUUUGCCAUUGUGUUUGCUGCUAUGGGAGUGAACAUGGAAACGGCUCGGUUCUUCAAAUCAGACUUUGAGGAAAAUGGCUCCAUGGAUAACGUGUGCCUGUUCUUGAACUUGGCAAAUGAUCCAACCAUUGAGCGCAUUAUCACACCUCGUCUUGCGUUGACCACAGCAGAGUUCUUGGCUUAUCAGUGUGAGAAGCAUGUCUUAGUUAUCCUGACAGAUAUGAGCUCCUAUGCCGAAGCUCUGAGAGAGGUCUCGGCUGCCAGGGAAGAAGUGCCAGGUCGCCGUGGCUUUCCUGGUUACAUGUACACAGAUCUGGCCACUAUCUAUGAGCGGGCUGGAAGAGUGGAAGGCAGGAAUGGGUCCAUUACUCAGAUUCCUAUUCUCACUAUGCCCAAUGAUGAUAUUACUCACCCCAUCCCUGACUUGACGGGAUACAUUACUGAAGGCCAGAUCUACGUGGACAGGCAGCUGCACAAUAGACAGAUUUACCCACCUAUCAAUGUACUUCCCUCUUUGUCUCGAUUGAUGAAGUCUGCUAUUGGAGAGGGGAUGACAAGAAAGGAUCAUGCUGAGGUUUCAAAUCAGUUGUAUGCCUGCUAUGCCAUUGGGAAAGACGUCCAAGCCAUGAAAGCUGUUGUAGGGGAGGAAGCCCUUACUUCAGACGAUCUUCUCUAUCUUGAAUUCCUGCAGAAGUUUGAGAGGAACUUCAUUGCUCAGGGGCCCUACGAAAACCGCACUGUUUACGAGACGCUGGACAUCGGCUGGCAGCUCUUGCGUAUCUUCCCCAAGGAGAUGCUGAAGAGAAUCCCUCAGAGCACCCUGGCAGAAUUCUACCCUCGAGACUCCACUGCAAAGCACUAGCCGCACCUUUUAGCUUUGUGAAAACGCUGGGUUUUUUUUCGUCCCUCGUGUUGGUGUUUACUUGUCCUCCCUAUGAUUAAACCAAGAAUAAGUGACAUAUAUGUGCCAGUGUUCCUGAUGAGCUUACGCUGACAACAGAGUUUAAAAUAUACUCCCCUUUCUCAGACUACUGGGUCUUGAAUGGUUUACAUUAACGGGGGCAGGGAGUGGUCCAUCUUCACAAUUGUAUCAUGCUAACUCUGCCCUCUUGGUUUACGGGGGUGGGGGUUGGACUCUUUGGAAGUGCUUGAAGGCUGCAUUUUCGUUCGUUGGAACAAUGAACAAAUAUCAGUCACAUGGAAAGGCUGAGUCAAACAAGAGUCAAUGGGGGAAAAUUAUCUGUUCCUUUCUCAGGUCAUCAGAAUUUUUCCACUCUGUCCAACAGUGUAGCACAUAUUAAUCCACCUGAGCUAGCUUGCCGAGGAGAUAUGGCAGGGGGGCGGGAGGCAUCCAUAACACAGUAGGACGAUUGUUGUGGCAGGUUGAACCCACAGAUCACUGCUAGCUCCAAUUUAUGAUGGGGAAAAUGCAGAGUAACUUACAUUGCAAAUAUUUGCACGCCUGGUGCUUGCCUGGUAACAGUUACAAGAUUCCUACCUCUUCUGUGAGUUAGACAGGGGAGCCACUGCUGGGACUACCAGUUGAAUUGGCCAAAUGGGACUCUCUGGCCUGCAAGUUUUGUACAUGUGUGAAUGCAAAGUUGUGACAGAGUAAGGGACUCCUUCCACCUGUUCCCUUCAAUUCCAGAAUAGCCACAGCUGGAAUCCUGUGCUUAGAGUGGCCGUUCCCCCCACCCCAGCUAGUAAAUAUUUACCCUGAACAGUAUUAAUCUUCACAAGAUGAUCCUGACAGGUAGCUCAGUGCUUUCAGAUACAAACCACGAAACAGGCCAAGGUGUGAACCUGAUAGAGUUAAGUGCUUCGGCUUAAGGUCUAAUGGUACCAAAUGAAGAGCAAAGGCAACAGGGACGUGAGAUGAAAAUAUUUUAAAUUCUGUUAAACAGCCCUCUUGUGUGACACUCGGCUUUGAACUGUGUCUUGCCUUGGUUUGUGUUCUAAACCACCUUCCAAACGCGGAGCUGGCUAGCCGUGUGACACUGGGCAAAAGAGCUCGAGUUCGUAUGUCGCUGACAGCCAAACACUUGUAUGGCAUAGGCUUCAAAGCCCAGGGCCAGCAGGAUGUCGGUACCUUCUUGGUCAGCCUGCCAGGCUAUUCCAGAGGAGCUGUGCCUCGUACUGGCUUGAGUGACCCGGGUUGCAAGCUGCUGGCCAGCCUCCUCUCUGGUAACUAGGAGCUGGCUCAGAAAGGUUUAUGAUGGUUCAGGUGGCGUAGAGUGCGCCGACUCCAUCAUCUCUCCACCCCCGCACACACCCAUGCGACCCUCCAGCUCUCUUUCUCCGAUGCAGAUCUUCCUCGUACUGUUUUUUGGUCUGUGUGCUCCGUAACUUGGGUGCAGUUGCCUUUUUUCCCCCCUUUAUUCUAGCGCAUUCCAUCGAAGGUGUGUCAAUUCUAUUUUUCUCUGGAUGAAGGCAGGGGAUUGGGGCUGAAGUGGGAGAUAGCAUGAAAAUAUUUUAAUGUAGAAAAAAAUUGUGAUAUCUGAAUAAGUUAAACAUGGAAAAAUAAACGUCAAACAAAAUGA